AUGUUCGGUUCCCCAUUUCUUAAAGAAUCUCUCCACAUUCUCAGAAGUCUUCGCAAGUGGUACCACCAAACGUGUGCGUCGAAAUUCGAGGCCUGCAAUGUGCCUGAGUUCGUGCCUAGCCAGAAGGUGUUCUGCCUCCCGAACCAUGUCAUUAAUUCUAAGCACAGUGUGAUAUCUGCUUUCGAUGCUUUACUCGGUCAGAGCAUCUGGCAAGGCAUCGUCGCACGCGUGAGCAUCCCCACAUGUCGAGGCUAUGGCUUUGCUGACCAGGCUGAAGAUACCAAAGAAAAAGCUUACCACUGCCCAUAUUGCCCGAGAUCCUUCCAAAGGUCCGAUGUCAAGGCUAUUCACGUUAGAAAAUGUCCCGCAGCUCCCUCAGAUGACAGCCCUGGCGACACAGCAGCUGAAAGGACUGGCCGGAGGCGCGUUCGCAUCGCUUGCGAGAGAUGUCGAAAGCGUAAAAUGCGCUGUGACGACCGGACAGGAGCAGCACCAAGUCAAUCAUCGCUCCAAGAAGGUUCCGGAAUGAAUGGCGUUGAUCAAACAAUUGACGAUAUUCAUGAGACUACUGAUGUUAACAGCCACUCAGAAUCAAUUUCUUUCUCACUGUCGGACUCAACAGCAAAAGAACAGAGAGCGGCCAACGCUGCCCUGGAGCCUCUCAGCAGCAUGCACAACGAAGCUGUACCUCCAUCUCUUCUAGAGGUCAACUAUCAAGAUACCAUUCUCCAAGAGCCUUCCUUUCAGGACUCCACGAAUUUGCCGAUCUACGAUCUAGAUGUGCCAGACAUAUCCCUUCCUUAUGAUAAUUACCCUUUGCCGGACGCUGAUGGUCAGGGCGAUUUCUGGCAAACGCAAAUUAUGAACAGCCAAUUCUGGUUCAGCGGCUGUGACCUCGCCCAGAGCGGUGGACUAUUCGAUUCCAAUUCGCCGCUUUUCAACCAUGUACUGUCAUCACCAAUGCAGACACUCACAGCGACAAUGCAGGAAUAUUUUGACCGCAAAUCUCGAGCGCCUUCACCUUCACUCAGUAAAGCCAGCAAAAUGUGGUAUUCGGCACCACCAAAUCUAAGCGACCAUAACCAGGAUAUUGUCAGAGUUUUCUUAAACAUCUUCAGAAGACACAUUCCCGAGACUUUCCCGCUUUUCAAAGAUGCUGCUGUUGGUCACAAAAAUCGAGCUGCGUAUACCCUAGCAAUGGCUGCGACUGGUGGCCUGUUCUGCCCAGUUUCCGGAAGCGCCGAAGUUGCGAAGGCUUUGUAUAAUGAUUCUCGAAAGUUGUUACUUGCACAAUUCAUUCUUCUAGAGCUCUAUGGUCUCUGCAGCGGCGAUAAAAGAAGCUAUGAAUUUGCUGAAGCAUUUCAUGGCAGCCUCAUUCAUUCAGUCCAAGAAUACAGCCAGGCCUGUAAAGGCGCUGUAACUAGUGCUGACAACAACGACAGCAACAUCCGACUGCUCGAGGCUCUGUACAUUCUGGAUUGCUAUCGUGUUGUCAUAAUGCAACGUCCAGCCUCCUCAUCCUGGCAACGGGCAGCCUCAUUUGCUGGGCAAUCAUCUCCGGACACACGGAUAUCUCGAUUACUCAAUCUCAUCGCAGAGUUGAAUGACGGGGGACACAUGACUACAACCGAAACUUCUAAAGACCUUAGUCUGCCCAGCUUGGCUUCCCUGAGUACUCAUCUGUGGCCAGCUGUCUAUUCGCGGCAAAAUGGGUAUGGUUCGGAUAAUGUCCCGGUGGAAAGCUUUUCAUUAUGGAAUCCACAAUAUGUCGAGUUAGCUUGCGACAAUUGGCUUCGAACGGUCGGACAAUCUAGAAAUCCUACCCAUCUUGCUGUCUACCAUAUGAUGAACAUCAUGCUCCACGCCAACUUGACAAUGCUGCAAAGCUUUGCUCAUUCGCCUCCAGGCUCAGCAGCACGAGAUGCCAAGAAGAGCUCCGUGGCAAAAGAAGUUGUUGCAUGGGCUCAAGACAGAAACUACAAGAUCUCGCGGUGGCAUGCUGAGAACAUGAUCUCGUCAAUCGAGGGUGCUGUUAUGGCUCCCAGUACGAAAUCGGACCUGUCACAGGCCCUUGCCGGACACUCGGCGUCAUACCCACAACAGCGCCGACUACCCUAUGAAGCCCCCCACGUUCCAUAUGCAAUCUACUACGCGACACUCAUUCUAUGGUGUGGUUCUGCAAUCGAAGAAGGCAGAGUCUCGUCCUCAACCACUGCUCAAGCCCAACUUGCGAGAGGCGAGCGGCUUCUAUCUCUCCACAAAGUUCAUAUCGCUAAACUCUUAGCACGAGUACUCAAUGAAGUGAAGUAG